AUGAGGAAAGUGAACGCACAUUAUCUACAGAUGACGUUACGAGAACCUAGGGAUUAUUUGUCACAACAACCCCGCCUAACGGAGAACUACGGCGAAGUUAGGAGAAGGAAACCGAGGGAAAGUAGAGUAGGCAAAGUUAGGCGAACAGUUCGACGCACCACGGCGAAGUUCGCCGCAGUUCAUCAACAAUCAUCUUACUGUUUACCACCCGACGUACCACUAUGGCGUAGUUUUCAACCUCCAGCAGCAUUUGAAAUGAUAGUUUACAAUGAUGAUGUUCAAGCUCGUUGGUGGGUUCUUAAACACAACGGCAAUGCACCUCCACACUUCACACCACCACACAACUCCUGGCUCACCAAAGUUCGUUCACAACAUCGGCUCAGUGAUGAUCGGGCCAACAUCCUCUAUUGGGUAUCUAAGAAUGGCACCGAAUGGUAUAAAGUGGUACCCAUGUCUCAAGUUGUGAUCAAACACAUCCAGUGCCUGCACACUACCCAUUCCGGUCAGAGCAAGACAUAUGAUGAGAUAGCACGACAUUAUGGGGGAAUUGGUAGGAAGGAAGUCAUCAAAGUGGUUCAAGCUUGUAAUAUCUGCAUGCUCAAGGUUCGGAACAAGGAUCAUGGGGGCCUCAAACCAAUCAUCUCUCAUCAGCCUCCUGAAAGAAUACAAAUUGAUCUAGUGGACAUGCGCGCAGUGGAAUGUGUUACAGCAGGCCAAAGAAUGGCCGAGGGGUUACCCCAUGUCGUACGUUCAAUCAACUUUACAAAACAUAGUUCAACCUUACACACCCCUUAUCAGGCAGUGUUUGGCCGUAAACAUCAAGAGAUGAGAAUGUGGGAGACUUUGGAAGGGCGAGAUGAGAUUGAAGAGGUCAUACUUGGUGAAGGAGAUCCAAAAGAGGAUACAGGUGAAGGGAAUGAGGUGAAACAUUUUCAAUGGGAGAGCAAUGAGGACUCCAGUGAAGGCAAUCCAAACUUAACAAAUACAACAGACACAGUUGCCAAUUUGCCCAACGGAACAGUGAUGUUAACCACUGCGACGAAAAGGCCUAUUAAUCGGCGGUUAACCUUACCGCCGAUCGCUGUUGUCGGUGUUAGCCUCGGUCAUACCUUAGUGGCAGAGAGACACAUUCCAUUGUUGGAAUCUUCCACUCCGGAGAACAACCCAAUCCAGCAAAUUAUUGAAGCGGAUCGUCAGCAACAACCCAAUCCCAGUGUGGUGGAUCGUAUCCUGGCUCAGAUGCAAGCUCAUCAAGUCAUUGUCCGACAGAAGAUGGUCAAACAGUAUGGCAGGAAGCACAAGAGAUUGGAGUACAGCACUGGUGAUAAAGUCACACUCUUUGUUCCAGAGCUUGAUUGCCCUGGGGCUCCUGCUAGCCGGAUACCCUGUGUGGUCUGCGAAGUGUUCUCUGAUAAGCCAAAUACCUAUCAACUACUCUGCUCUGAAGGAGUGUUGAGCUGCUUGUACCGAAGUAAAUUCUUCAUUCCAGCCGAUGAUUACGAAAUCCCUGUGGAGCUUUCCAUGGGUUGGUCAAAGUGGGAGCAACAGCAAGUGGUCACAUUGAGGGAUGCCGCAUACAAAAUCUUUGAACGAGAGUGUGAGAACUAUUCAAGGGCCACAGCCACUGAGCGCACAUUGGUCGUUCUAUCUGCAAAUAGUAGAAGACAGAAGAAAACUACAACCCGGACACAAAAGAAACAACCAACAGUUGACGUGGAGGAAUCAAGCGCUUCUGAAAGUGAUACCAAUGAUCAAUGGUCAAGUGUGGGCCUUGCCGCGACCUCUGCUGAAACUUUCUCGGAAGUACAAGGUCUGGUUAGGCAUCAGUUGUGUGUGCUGUUUAUGAGUGGGCAAAGAGGGAUUAAUCAGCCUGGAUAUUUCAAAGAGCAUUCCGCACGGCAAGAAAGGGUAAAAACAAUUGUUCAAGCUCGAGAGGUGUUCCGGGCAAGAUAUGGCAAAGAAUUGGCUUUUGACCCGGUGACUGGUCGGUAA